UAUACCCGUAUUUUAACGUUGUUUGUUGCGCAUGCGCAGCGUACUGUUGUAGUAUUUUUCACUGGUUUUGUUUAUUUUUUUAAAUCUCCACAUUGUUCUUGAAAGAUAUGUUAAUAUUCUUGUUCUUGUGAAAGAUGUGAUAGUUUAUAUCACUUUUGGAUUGUCUAACAUACUACCUGAGCAUUAAAUUUUUACAGAGCCAGCGAUGCCUGUGCGUUUUAGGGGUUCAUCAGAAUAUAAAGAGAGGUUUAAAUGGGCAGAUUCAAGGAAAUCUGCAUCUUUCGUCCCCUCACCUGAACAGAGUGGUCCAAUGGCAGGACUUAACUCUGGCAAGCUAGCCACCCAAAUGGAGCCACCAUUACAACGUAGGCGUAAACCAAUUCAGAUCCCUGUGACGUCAACCACAAAGUUUGUGUCAGACUCAAACAAUGAUGAAUAUACGCUAAUAGGAAACCAGACCAAGUUUGCUCCAAGUAUUAAAUACAAAAACAGAGUGAAGGAAAAUGUGAAACCACCUUUAGCCAAGGCAUAUAAGGCUGAGAAAUCCUUACCAAAACCAGAGAUAAAGCCUCCUCCAAAGUCAAAGUUCUCCCAUGGUGUCCCUGCAGUGGACAAGAGAGACAAGAGACCAGGAGUGAUGAAUGAGUUUGUGCAGACAAAUAUGGACCAAGGUGUCCAGGACUCAGGACAAGAGGCUCCACCCCAGUAUGCUAUGCAGUACAGGGCAGGGGUACCCCCUAAGAGGGCAGUAGGACCAAAACGACUCUCAGAAUAUCAGAAAGAAUUUGCUUGGAAAAAUGCUGCAGAGAAUUCGCCUUUAUUAGCUGCAGAACAGGUAAUCUACAACAACAAUCCACAUAUGAAUGCCUACAAGUCCGACCAUGUGCCAAAGACCAGUGAAUACAAGCGAGAGUAUAAACCGUGGCACAUGGUCCGCUAUGAGCCUUCUGGUCAGAUACGAGAGAACGGGGAAACACCAAAGAAAAAGUCAAAGAUGAAAAGAAGUAAAAGUGAACCAAAUCUAACCCCUGACAAGAAGAAGGCUGCUGGCACUGAGGCUGUCACAAAUGAAGAGGAUCCAAGAUUACUUAGAGAAUCCAUGAACCCACAGAAACCUUUCUUUCCACAUGGGAAACACCAGAAGUAUAGGUCUGAGUAUAAAACCAACUUCAAGGCCCCUUCAAAGUUUGUCUACAAUGAAGGUGCCUGGGUGGGGGCAGCACCUCCUCAGGUCAACCCAAGAAAAGAAUCUGAUGGUGAGCAACAGAAUGACAAAUCCCUCAGUAGCUGGUAUCAAGAGGUCAUUGAACUCAGGAAUAAGGCAGAUGAGUAUCGACGUAGGGCUCAGGGAACACAUUUCUCUCGGGAACAUUUAGCACAGCUGUGGGCAAGGCAGGCAGAUCUGUGGGACAAUGUCAGUAAUAGUAGCUCAUUGUCAGCUUUGUCACUAGAAUCUUCAAUGUCAGAUAUAAGUAGCCCAAAUAAAAAAGAAGUGACCCAGAAGAGGAAAGAGCCAAGCCCAGUGAGGAGGAAGUUAGCCUGGGGAGGGGGCCAGGGGGGUAACAGUGAUAGGUCUUCCACCCCAAAACACUCUAUGUCAACUGAAUCAAACAUUGGGUCAUCAUCCACAGAUGCCAGGAGCUUGGAUGGCACAUUAAUAUCCCAGGAUAUAUCAGACAAUGAUACUCUCACCUCAGACCUGGGUAGACCGCCUACCCCUGAGAUAAAAAAGAAUGAAGUUGUCAGCCGCCACCAUCUUGAUAUUACCACACCUGCUAUAGGUGGAGCUCUCCUCACAUCACCAAAACAUAAAGCAAAACGACAACCAACUAAAGGUCACACCUAUAGGGCAGGUGGUUAUAGUGCAGACAGCAGUAGCAGUCAGAGCUCAGUAGCUCCCAGAUCAAGGCCUAAACCAAAUAUUCAGCCUACUAAGACAAUAGCUAUUCCAGUGGGGCCAGCUUCACCUACGUAUGGCAUGCCAACCAGGGACACCCACCAACUCAUAGAUGAUGAGGUUCCUUAUGAUAAACCACUAGAGACCAGAUAUGUACACAGUCCCAAUGCUAAGCGCAAACCAAGACCUUCAGGUGCUGGAGCGCGAAGAGAUCGACCCAACUCUGGCAAACAAGAUGGCCGUCCAAUGUCUGCUAUUCCCCAGAACAGACAGUUAGAGAGGUUGGAUGAGGGCAUAGGGAAGACAUACAACAAGCCUGGAGGCCUGCAGGCAGAGUUGCAUGAUGAUGAUGACCUCCUAUCAGUAUCUGCCAGGCUGACUUUAACUCAUGGAUUCAAAAUCAAACUCCCUUAUUGUAAAAAUAAGAUAAGAAAUGCAGUGUAUUAUGUAGCCCAUUAAUAACUCAUCAUAGUACAGCCAAAUUAAAAUUGAAUAGAUAUGUUGCGCUAUUAAUUUAAAUUGAAAUUCCACUGUGAUUGUCAUACAUACAGCAGAAACGUUACAUCCUUGCAUGAUUUUAGUAGAAAAACAUCAAAUUAUCCCGAUUUUUAAAAAUAUUGCAUGUAUUAUAAGUAAAAGUGAUUUGAUUGAUUCAAUCAACAAUUCCUUUGUAGUUGAGAAACAACUGGUGGAACUAUUCUAUUAUAAUGACUAGUCUAAUAUAAUCUCUAGAAUAUCAACUAGUCUAGAAUAAUAUGUAAUUUACUAUAAUAACAAGUGUAGUAAGUACUAUACAUGUACAGUGACAGUUUUUAGUUAAUUUAUAGCCUAAUGAAUAAAAUGAAUAUAAAUAUGCACAGCAUGAUUCUUACUAUUUAUAAAUAUAACAGAACUAUUAACAGACUAGAAGCAAUUGAAUGUAUCUCAAACAUUACAUGUAAAAUAAUUUUAUACUCUCAUAGAUCUCAUAAAGGGUUAAAGGCCCUGUGUGGAGUAAAUGUUGUCAGAGUGUGCUUUAUAUGCAUGUAUAUAUACCAUUCUUAUAUUUUUGAUUAGAUUAUUUUAUGUGAUGUAAAAAUGAUAGAAUUUAUUUUAUAUUUUAUGUGAAAAGAGUGGGCAGUUAUAUAUCAAUGUCUCACAAACCAGAUUAAAUAGAAAGAUUUAUCCAAAUACAAAUACCUGUUCAGUCAAGUCAUGAGUAGGUUGGAUUCAAAGGUCAAUUGAUAAAAAGAUGCACAUUUUUCCAAACCAUAUGAUUCAUCUGAUACUAUAUACAAAACAUAGGUUUUCAGGCCCGUAGCCAACAUUUGCAAAGCGGGUUCAAAUUUGGCAAUAUUUCCCAAAUUUACUUG